UACCCCGGGUACUAAAACGAACAAGGGGAAUACCCGGGGUACUCGUGUCGGUGAAAUACGGUAUUUUUGUUAGGACGAACUGUUGGAACAAUCCCGUGCUGCGACAUGAGUUUGAAGGUUCUUUAAACGAAGGAACAUACAUGUCAACAGUAAUAAUGCCAGCUAUUCAGGCUGCCUUAAAAGGUACGCCAUUCAUCAUUAGUUGCGGGGAACGGCAAAGCUGCGCCAGUGCUGACAGAAAAGGCGGAAAGCGUGGGAGAAAGCCAGACAUAAUGGUUGAAGUUAGGCAGGAAAAGACAGCAUAUUGGCUGCGUAAGUCAUGCAAGCCACAAAAGGGUCAAUUUGUAUAG